AUGGCGGACGGAUUGGAAAGUGCACUUGCUGCCACUGCAAAUGUUCCGGGCAGUGACACAUUAGAUUUUGAUGAUAGUGACCUUGAUAUUCCUGAACUUGAUGAUGUACCUACUUUAGAGUCAAUAUUAAACGAGCCUGAUGAUGUGUUUGAGCUGGAUGACGAUGACUUUGGGUUGUUUUCAACGGAGCCCGGUGACCAAUCACUCGAUUCCAUCAGUGUCGGCAGUGCUGCUAGUUUGGAUAAAUCACCACAGAAACAGAGGAAGAAGAGUAGUGUUAUGUAUGCCGUCCAUGGGUCAAUAAUCAGACAUGUUAUGUUGAAGGGAAUAUCGUCACAGCUGAUGUCAGCGGCUGAUCGAGUAGAUGCAGGUAAACCUACAGCCAUGGCGGUAUCAGCGUUGAUAUCGAUUGGGACGUCACAUGGCAUUGUUUUGGUAUUUGAUCCCAAACAAGCAUUGAAAUGGUGUCUCGGUAGUACAGCAGUCGGUGCUCAGUACGGUGCUGUCUCUGCUAUCAGUAUCAAUAACGACUGUUCUCGGUUGUUGGCUGGGUUUGCAAAAGGACAGGUUACAAUGUGGGAUUUAUCAAAUGGUAAAUUAUUACGAACAAUAACCGACGCUCAUCCACCGGGAUCUGCCGUACUACAUAUUAAGUUUACUGAUGACCCAACUCUUGCCAUUUGUAGUGAUAGCGGAGGUUCUGUAUUUGAACUUAGCUUUAAGAGAGUCAUGGGAAUGCGAUCUUGCGAAUCAAGAUGUCUGUUUUCUGGAAGUCGUGGUGAAGUAUGUACCAUUGAACCUUUACAUAUGAAUGCUUCUGUCAAGGAUCAUCCUUUGCAAGACGUUUCUCUUCUCGCCAUGGCAACACUAUCUAAGGUAUUGAUAGUCACUAUAAAACCCAAACUACAAGUAUUUGUUUUAUUUUUAUCCCAGGGUGACCAGACUACAUUACCUCUAUUAGCAUGGCAGUUUGUAAUUAUACAAAUAUCAGAUUCAGCUCGAGUUAUUGACCCAGUGUUAGCCUAUGCAAGGGGCAAUAUUAUCCACUUCUAUCAGAUUAUGUGUCAGGAUGCUGCUAACAUAAAGUUUGCUCCGCUACAAAAAAUAGAAGUGCCAUAUAUUCUACUUAAUAUUGCAUGGUUCAAUUCUAGGACUUUGGUAAUAGUCGACACCACUGAAAGAUUACAUAUUGUUGAUGUAAGAACAGAAGAAGAGUUAGAAGUAAUUGAUUUGGUCGAUGUAGAAUUAGUUUAUGGAUCUAGUUAUUUUAAAUCCCUGGCUACUGGUGGCAAUGUUAGCAAAGCAUUGGCUUUGGCAGGGGAGCAUGCAUGUUAUCAGUCUGUCGUUGGUUACACUGGACAACUGUUGUUACUCGGCACAAAGUCAAUUCAUGUUAUGACUAUGAGAACAUGGAAAGAGAGAAUUGAUUUGUUAGUAAAACUGGUGAAGUUCAAAGAUGCUCUCAUGCUGGCAUUGUCAUUUUACACAGGUAGAGCCAAGGCUGUUGUUGGCCUCAUAGGAAGUCAACAGAAACGUAAAGCAGCUGUCGCAGACAAGAUACUAGAAUUGUUGUUCACGUUUGUUGAUUUAUCACUGACUCAGAACUGUCCUGGAAGAGGUAAAAUUGAUGUCCUAGAAAAACAUUUCCAGGAAGUUGUUCCAGUAUGUGUUGAAUAUUGUUUAGUGCUUGGAAGAACAGAUAUACUAUUUGGAACUAUUUAUGAGAAAUUUAGCGAAGAUACCAUCGCUAAAGGCGUGUAUCUGGAGUGUCUUGAACCAUAUAUUCUGAAUGAUAAACUUGUGUCGGUGACGCCGGGUGUGAUGAAGGAUUUCAUACAGCAUUAUGAGAUGAAAGGCAUGUUGCAGAAUGUAGAAGCUUGUAUUGUCCACAUGGAGGUUGCAAGUCUAGAUAUACAUCAGGUUGUUAAUCUGUGUUGGACGCAUGGUUUAUACGACGCUAUUCUCUAUGUCUAUAAUAAAGGAAUGCGUGACUACGUCACACCACUAGAAGACCUUCUAAGGGUUUUAGAGUCUGCCAUGAAAUCUGCAAAACAACUUACAGAUGAUCAGAUUAAACUGGGAAAUAAAUUACUUGUAUAUAUAAGUUGUUGUUUGGCAGGAAGAUCUUAUCCUUUUGGUGAUAUUCCAGAAGAUAUUGUUCAUGAUGUAAAAGAAUCGGUAUUCCGCUGCAUAACUAAACUGCAUACUAAAGAUCAUAAUGAAGAUGAGUCCGCAUACCCGUACUUGAGAACGUUACUCCAGUUUGAUACAAGGGAGUUUCUCAAUGUGUUAGCUUUAGCAUUUGAAGAACCUGAGUUUGACUCACAAGAAGGAAUAUAUCCCUUGAAUGUUCAAUCUAGGCAGCACGUCGUUGAUAUAUUGUUGCAGAUUAUGGUGGAAAGUGUGGGAUUUACGCCGACUCAGGUUGGAUGUUUAUUCACAUUCCUAGCACGGCAGAUGGCAAAGCAUGAAAACAGUAUACUCGUCAACCGCUUACUCUUUGAACAGGUUUUAGAGUUCUUAUCGAACCCUGAUGAUGAGGGCCGUCAUGAAGAACGUCAACAAGCACUGUUGGAAUUACUGAAUGCUGGUGGACUGCAACAAGUAAAUGAAAACAGACUAUUAUCAUUGGCUGAAAAUGCUCGGUUUUAUCGUGUCUGUGAAUUGCUGUAUGAUAAACGAAGAGAAUAUUACAAAAUCCUGGAUUGUUACUUGAAAGAUGCUUAUCGACAGAAUCAUGCCUUUUCGUUUGUCCAUGCUAUUAUGUCCGAGACAGUCUAUACGCAAAAGGAAAAAGAUGAACUGCAGCAACAAACGCUGUCCCACUUAGAAGAACUGGUGACCAUAGAUAGCAAAGCAACAGCACAGCUCGUGUUGACAGAUUUAACACUCUCUAUUGCUGACAUCGUCACAAAACUUGAGAGUCAACAAGUUGUUUUGUAUGAGUUCCUGAAAGGUUUAUUUGAAUACCGUGAAAAUACUGGCAGCGCAAUCCAUAUACGAGAUCAGACUGUGAUAGAACCGGAAGUACAAGAAAAAUACAUAGAAUUGAUGUGUAAAUACAACAUUAGUAACGUCUAUCAUUAUAUCAGAAAUACUGAUAACUAUAGGCUGGAGGAAACGUUGAAGGUAUGUGAAAACAAACAAAUCUAUUUAUUGGAACAAGCGGGUGAUGUGCACGGAGCCUUUGGAAUCAUGUUAGAAAAGUUACAAAAUAAAGUCAGAUUGUUUAUGGAGUUAGUCACACAGAAUGAUGAAGGGCAAGCUGAAUUCAAAGAGUUGACAAAGCAUGUACUGAACAGCAUGAUGGGAUACAUAGCUCUCCCAGCUAUUCUACAGAAAACAAUGCAGGACCCUACCUACAGUAGUGGUAAAUUUGGUGAUAUGAAGGAAUUAAUUCUGGGAAUGUUAGAUACUUAUAAUUAUGAAAAGACUUUAUUAAAGACUACCAAUAACUUAUUGAAUCAUGAUUUACAUGGAUCUUUGGUAAAUUUAACGAUGGCAGUCAAUAAAGGAUUGGCAGCCAAAGACGACAAUUGCCAUGUAUGCAGUAAACCACAUACUGACCAGGAUCAGCAAUCUGUGUGUAUAUUCAGUUGUGGUCAUGCCUAUCAUACACUGUGUCUUCUGUCAGUUGGAAGUUGUACUAUGAUUGAUGGUCAGCAACACUGGUUUUGUUAUCAGUGUAAUACUAACAAAAGAAGAGGUGUGAAAGAUCGAAAGAAGAGCCUUACCCAGUUGUCUCCAACAUCUAAAUCUCCCCCUAAUAUAAACGUGGUACAAAAUGGAAAAAAGAAAGUACAGGAUACACAAUUAGAUGCAGCACAAGAAAUGGCUUUAUCUAAGCUACGACAGGCUACUAGAGGACCAUCUAGGUUGGCAAUCUUGAGUGAGCUGUCGCGAGCUAAUCGUAGUCACCCUUCUCGUAAAGGAGUUGUUUCUGCAGAUAGUAUUUUACACAAAGAAAGUUUCAAGCUCCAUUUAUCAGCUCCGCCAUUAGAUACAAGUCUGGAAUAA